UGUGGCGCUGUAAAAAUGACAUCAGCACCUUCAUCCAGCAUCCAUUCCCGUGCCGAGCAAGUGCAAGCAAGUUCGGGACAGUGGGCCACGCGACGGGCUAGGCGCUGUUCGGCGGACGGCGUUGGUCUGGAUACGCUUGCGCUCGAACGCUUCCGAGCGUCGCUGGUGCAUCGAGACCGGGGGUUUACCGUGGGCCGAACGUGCGAGCCAGCAUCCGACCAAACCAUUGACGAACGGACGAUCGACGCGAGUGCAUCAGCAGUGCUCCAGCGAACAAUCAACGCGCCAGCGGACGGCAACGAUCAACCGCAGCAAAGCAACACUCUCAAUCCUGACCGCUCGUCGUCCGGCAGCUCGACCGGGACACUGUCAACGCUCUCCUCCUGGACAUCGGGAUCGGAAGGUACGCAAGGCAAACCUGCGCGUGAGCUGGGACGAUCCAUCUCCGUACCGAGUGGUGGCCGUGCGCUGGAACGUAACAACUUCCUGGACAACCUGUGUGCUUCACUGCUGCCCGCAUCCGGUGACGUACUGAGGGCACGGUACAUGAUGGCGGAACCUGGCAAGCAGAGCGAACAGCCAGCACCCGGUCAGAGUGAGACGGUGAUUAGGCGCAGUGUACCGGGGCGUCGUAAUCUGGUCAGCAUGUCCAGCGUGGUGGAGGAGGUGGUGCUCACCAAGGUCGGCAACGCACAAGGUCGUCCACCGACGGGCAAGCGUUCGUUCAGCGCUAUGCAGGACGCUUCGGCAAAGGCUCCGGACGCAUCGCCGAACGCUGGACCGUCAGCUCACGGUAAGGAGGAGGAUGCGGACGAUCUUCCGCCAACUUCGUCCGAGUUGGCCAACACCGUCGAGCCACCGUACCAGAGCCGUCGCACGCUGAAGUACUACACGCGCCGCUAUCGCACGUCCAUCAACUACAACUCCUAGAGUGCUAGACGUCUCAUCCGAAUCGGUGCAUCGGAUGCUAGUGUGCUGUUAGUGUGCUUUUGUAUGUGUUUGUGUAUGCGAGUUUAGAAGCUGUAAUUGGAAGUCAUAUCUAUUACUUCAGAGAAUUUUUUGUGACACCUAGUUCUGGACGUAGUACUCGCACCCCUGUUCUAUCUCGCUCUCGCUCUCUCUCGCUCUCUCCCAUCUCUGCAAACGUGGUGCAGGUGUUUCCGGUAGAAUUUCGUGCAAGCCCACGCAGUAGGAAUGCCCAUUUUCGGGUGUGAAUGUUAUUAAUCACCAGGACCAUGAGCCUCGUUAGUGUCUCCACCGCCGGUAGGGGAGCAAGUUUGUAGAAAAUCUAAUUAAAAAUUGUAACCUUCUGCAACCUCGGAUGGUGGCCCUCGGUGGCGAGACGUCAAAAAAUUUCGCCUCAAUUUACACUCACUCACCAAGGAUGACUUUCGGAUAGAAGAGCACACGUCCUCCGUAGAGCCAGAUUUUGGAAGGUCUGUUCGAAGUUGAAGGGUGGGUGUUUUUUUUUUGUUAUGUUUUCGGUUAAUGGGGACAGUUGAGAGUCAAAAUUAAAUUACGUUAAAUUUAAUUAAAUCUACUUGAAGUGGUGAUGCCCCCCCGGUACGCAAACGCUUUCUGCCCCGACAAGGUUAUGUUGAGUAAUAGUAAUGAGCCCGAGAUGGUCCCUCGAGGUCCGAAACCGAUUAUCAGUAUCAGGGUGCCAUCGGCCACUCCUAGGUCCUAGGUCAACUGAUGUGCUAAAGGGACAUCGGUUAUCGACGAUCGGCAGUUAGGGAAACGCCCGGGAACAGUUUGUUGAAGAGCGUAGGAGCGAAGCAUAAGCGAAGCAGCAUAAAACAAAAAACUGGGGCACUUUAACUUCCCAACAAGCAGUAAAGGAAAACAAUGGCUUCCUAGCGUAUAAUCCCGCAGUGCGUUGCCGGCAGUAGUUUCGGAGGGACUUGUGUAGGUGUGCGACUGUGAGCGGUUGUACGUACGUUAUACCCAGCUUUACCAUCUUCCCCAUUUUCACUAACUCAUCAAAUCUUCCGAACGGUUGUAAUGGACUGGUCAAAAAUAAAGUUUGCUAAUAACCAUCAUCA